CGCACUCUGCCAUCCGCCGCCGGCGACCCCCACCAUCCUCUGUGCCCUUGCAGCUUUCACUACCCCCGCCGCCUAGGUUCACAGCCCACCCUACCCUCCGCCGCCGGCGACCACCUCCUGUCCAUCGCUUCCAUAGAUCUUUGAUCAAAUAAGGUGACAGGAAAGUUGUUGCGACCAGCCAUGAAGAACAAGAACGGACGCCGCAGAUGCAAUAAGCCAGCUCGCGACGCUGCCGACCAUGGAGACAGGCUCAACAAGCUGCCUGAUGACCUCUUGCUCAACAUCCUGGAGAGGGUGGACACACUUGAUGCUAUAAGGACCUGCAUCCUCUCCAAGCAAACGCUCAAGCUUCCCACUAUGCUCUCACACUUGUUCAUAAGUGUUGGCUCCAUCUCAUGUCACCACAACUUAGCCUGUGAAUUCAGCAUUGACGACAUUCUCCGAAUCAGCCGUGCUGUGGCUGAUGUCACGGAUAACAUCCUGAGCACAAGGAGCCCAGAAAUCACUGUCAGCAAACUCAAAAUCAGGUUCGUCUUGACGGAUCGUGACUCUGUCUCCAUUGGAAAUUCGGUUGCCCGCGCCAUGGCAAACCAGAAAGUCGAAGCAGCUGAGUUUGAGAUGGUCACCGAGAAGGCUUAUCCUGAUUGCUCUCCUGACGAUCUCCUCCACUUUGGGAGCCAGUUCAAUGCUUUUCUUGGCGCUUGUCCGGACGCAUUCGCUGGCCUCACCCGCCUUUGGCUUCGCAAUAUGAGGUUUGCUGAACUGGGCAUCCCUGACAUCCUCAGCACCUGCAAGCGUUUAGAGUCUUUGCAUUUGACUCACUGCGACUCAGGGAUCCAUUCUGUGCUGCAACUUUCACAUGCUCGACUUGUUGAGCUCAAGGUAGACUCUGGGAAUUUUGAGAGAAUUGAGCUCACAUGUCUACCAAAGCUCCAACGGGUGAGCUAUAAUAACUGGUUCUGUUAUGGAGAUCCCAUCUCUUUUGGCUUUGUACCACAGCUUUCAAAGCUAAGCAUCGCUAAAACAGGCGUCUGCUGGGAAAAGACUCUUGAGUUAAGUCAGCUCCUUGCUAAUGUCCCUUCCAUCCGUGAUCUGCAUCUGGAUUUUGAAUGUGAAAAGAUUUGGGUUGUACCAGAACGCCCGAACCUGCUCACUCCUGUGCUCAGCAAACUACAGAAAGUAAAUCUGGAGAACAUUCCUGAAGGGUGUGAUUUUGCUUGGACAAUGUUUAUUCUUGAAGCUGCACCGUCCCUAAAAGAGCUUUGCAUCACAGUAUGGGAUCAUUGGUGCAUAAUGGCGACAGGCAAAGAGUUCCGGGAGGAACGCGGUUACUGCGAAAAGGCAGAAGUGAACUGGAAGACCCAUGUUCCUGAUCUCAAGCACAAGAAUCUGGUUAAGCUCACCAUCUAUGGCUUCCAACCUGACGAUAGCUUUGUGCGAUACAUCAGGCGUGUCGCGGAAGUCGCGGUUAAUAUGGCAGAGAUAUCUCUGCAUGACAGGAAGGUGUUUGGGUGCUGUGGUGACUUGGACCCCAAGAGCAAGGUUUGUCCGUCAAGAUAUCCACGGACGGCCGAGGAGAGGAAGCAGAGAACCGAGGAGCUGGGUUUGGCUUCGCCUUCUUUGGUUCACUUCCGGUCCUAAUUCAAGAAGAGAUGCAUGAUAUUACCAUGCCAUGUGGUCUG